GAGCAACUUCCUCUAGAGGGAGCUGAUUGAAGCAGGGAGUUGCCGGCACCUCUAUGAUCACCGAAGCCUUGCGGGUCCCCAGGGCCGCGCCAGGACAAGCAGAGGCUGCAUCCGGACACCAGGAAUUCACUGACGCCCGUUCCGGGAAGCCAGGCCUGGGUACCUUACCCUUGGGAGCAGCCACUGGCCCCUCAGGAUCUCCGGCCUCCGCCCUGCUGAGCGAUCCCGGGCCAGGGCCAGGGCUAGGGUCCAGGCAGGAAAUACACCCUCUGUGGACGCUGUACAGAGCAGACCAGAGUUGUGGCCAGAACUGGGCAAAAGAGGAAAACAGAGGCUGGAGACAGGAGAGCAAGGAGGUACAUGUGUGAGACAGGUUGGGGGGCUGGGAAGAAGGUUUCCUCAACUACCUGCCACGCAGGAAUGGGAAGAGCACAGGUGGGACUCAAACAGGGAAAGCUGCCCUGGAAGGGACACCCUCUGAGGUUCACAAACUGGAAAAUAAGUCUGAAAUGAGUGUUAAGUGGAGGAUGGACUCAUGGAAAUUCAGAUAAUCAACCUGAUGCCUUGACUAGCUAUGUGGCCUUGGGCACUAACUUCUUUGUGCCUCACCUUUCCCACCUAUAAAAUGGGCAUGCCAGCGCUUACCCUGCCAGGUUACUGUGCUCUUUCCAUGUCCAGCCCCCCCGGGGAGUACACAUACAUACGUGGUAGAAGCAUACCACAGGCACUCAGGAAAUGUUUGCAGCUAACAGGCCUGAGCUGGAAAACAGGUGUGUUCUGACUAGCCAAGGGGAAGUGAGACCUUCAAGGACAGCCUUCAUGGGUCAUUGGCUGGAAGGUGGCAAGUCUGCGGUAAGCAUGUGCUGGGUAAGGUGCAGGAGGCCCUGGGAGCAGCAGAAGGAACCCCAGCCUCUGAAACUAGCCUCCCUGGCCCAGGAGUGGGGUGAAAUGCAACUAGAGAUCCCCUAGGGCACUGUAGCAGCACCCCUACUCCCGGCUGAUCCCUGGGUGGGAAUUUUGGCUGCCUGGCUUUUCUCACCCCCAGUGCCCCUUGAAGAGCUGCCAGUGUAAUACUCAGCUAACACUGCCCUCCACCAGGACCUGAGGAAUGGCAUCCGGACAAGGUCCAGGUCCUCCCAGGCAGGGGUGUGGAGAACCUGAUCCCUCCUCCACUUCGGAGGAGCAGGUAGCCCGGGACACGGAGGAGGUUUUCCGCAGCUACGUUUUUUACCGCCAUCAGCAGGAGCAGGAGGCUGAGGGGGCAGCUGCGCCCACCAACCCAGAGAUGGACACCUUGCCCCUGGAACCUACCAGCACCAUGGGGCAGGUGGGUCGCCAGCUCGCCAUCAUCGGGGACGACAUCAACCGGCGCUACGACUCAGAGUUCCAGGCCAUGUUGCAGCACCUGCAGCCAACAGCAGAGAAUGCCUACGAGUAUUUCACCAAGAUUGCCUCGAGCCUGUUUGAGAGCGGCAUCAACUGGGGCCGAGUGGUGGCUCUCCUGGGCUUCGGCUACCGCCUGGCCCUACAUGUCUACCAGCGCGGCCUGACUGGCUUCCUGGGCCAGGUGACCCGGUUCGUGGCCGACUUCAUGUUGCAUCACUGCAUUGCCCGGUGGAUCGCGCAGAGGGGUGGCUGGGUGGCGGCCCUGGACUUGGGAAAUGGCCCCAUCCGCAACGUGCUGAUAGUUCUGGCCGUGGUUUUGUUGGGCCAGUUUGUGGUACGAAGGUUCUUCAAGUCAUGACUCCCAGAGGGGCCCUUGGGGAUCCUGAGACCCCUGCAUGGACUUCGGCCCAGCCUUCUCCCCUCACCUCUUCCCCUGCCGGGGUCCCCCCCAUUAAGAGUACAGAAGCUUUAGCAAGUGGACACUUCAACUUUGGAGGGCCCCUGCCCAGAGAUCUGUCAGGCUGCAGGGUGCUCCAACAUUGCAUGGUGCUAAUAGGCCCCCUCUCAGAGAGGGGCUGUGGCCUCCUCCCUUAGCUCUCUGGGACCCCCUGUGCCCUGUCUGCUGGGCAUUAGGGAGAUUGAUAACUUGGGGAUACAAGAGGCUGGGAGCCACUUCUCCCCAAGGAAUUGUCAACAGUUUUAGCUUUUUAUAAUACCCUUGGGAGGACACACCCACCCCAGCCCCAUUCCUACCACUCUGCCCAAGGCCAGGGUGUCUGGGGUGUGGGGGUUAGUAGCCCUACCCCUCCCCAGGAUUCAGCUAUUCUGGAAGGUCAGAGCUUGAGAACUGGGCCUGGAACCCAGUCCUGGCCCUUCCUAAGCAUCAUGUCCCCCAGGGCAGGACUGGUGGGGACAAGGUCCUGCCCAGCUUCCUCUCCCUCACAUUCCUCCUCCACCAUUGCCUUUCAGUUGGACUCUCAGGGAUUCUAGGGUGUGGGUGGAGUCAGGGUGCAGACCAGAGCUGCCUGAAAUUAUUCAUCAGCACCUGCCAAGCCUGCCUUCUGAGAUCCUCCUCUCCCCCCUUCCCCUCACCUAUUACCACUUGCUCCUGCUCCAUUCACUACCAGUGAAGCUCGCCCCACCCCUAUCACUCCAGAUAAGGAAGGUGGGGGUCUUGGGUGAGUGGGGUGCUGACAUUAUGGUUUAGGACUGUGGUUUGUUAUUGUCAGGGAAAAGGGGUAGGGAGCUCAUCCUGAGGUUUCUGAGUGAGAAAAGGGCUAUUAACACCACUAUGAACCCCAGGAUUGGGACCCUUCCUCAUGGCCUGGGCACAGUGUAAUCUGGGGGUAUGGAUGGAGAACUGUGAAUACUUGAACUCUACCCCUCUAGUGGAGUCUCUACACUCCACACCUACCUAAGCCCCUCCUGUGAGUGGGGUAGCAGUGCCUCAUCUAUCUUGCACAGCCUAGGGAGUUGGAGGUCAGGGGAGAGUUCUUAAUUAAGCAAAGAGCUGGGAGGGGAUGCAGGCAGAGCCGGCUGACCACCUCCCACCCUUUGAGUGUGUCUGAAAAUAAACUGCAAUCCCCCCAUU